AUGAGGCCGGCGACGACGGACGGCAUGGGACGUCGUGCGGACAAGCUUGUUAGCACCAGCACCCGGGCUGCCAAAGCAGCGCCGGCGCCCGGGCAGCGAGGCCCGAGCGACCAACGAAGCAGCGGCGCCCGAGUUGAGGAAGCCGACGAGCCUGACGUAGCCGUCCCGACGCAGCCGAGGACGAGGCCGGCGAGUCAGCAACUUCAGUUCUGGAACUGUUUACAGGAAUGUGCGGCUGCUUUUGUAUUUUUCAAAACUCGGUAUGGAGCACUUGUUGCUUCAGAAGCACUUCAGACUUCGAACCCUACGAACUGGGUUACUGAUCUAGCUCCAGAACCAGAUGAUGUGUAUUGGUCAAACAUUUGGCUUCCUUAUAAGCAGCUUUGGAUUCGACGGAUAGCUACGGUUCUAGGUUCUCUUGUUUUUCUGGUCUCAUUUCUGCUACCAGUGGCAUUUAUUCAAGGUCUAUCCCAGCUUGAUCAGUUGCAGAAGAAGCUUCCUUUCCUUGAUGGGUUAUUGAAGAAGCCAUACAUGAGCCAAAUAAUAACUGGAUACCUUCCGAGCGUCAUACUGCUAUUAUUCCUGUACACCGUUUCGCCAAUAAUGAUACGGUUUUCAACAAUGGAGGGGCCUACAUCUCACAGUGAAAGGAAGAAGAGUGCUUGCUCUAAAGUGCUGUACUUCUACAUUUGGAAUGUGUUCUUUGUUAGUUUAGCAUCUGGUGCUGUCAUAAACCAAUUGAACCCUUCUUCGAGCACGAAGGACAUCGCUGUCCGGCUCGCUCAUGUCAUACCUGAGCAGACUACGUUCUUCAUCACCUAUGUUCUGACUUCAGGAUGGGCCAGUUUAUCAUCUGAACUUAUGCAACUCUUUGGCCUGAUCUAUAACUUUAUAAUAAAGUAUGUUCUGAGAAUGAAAGAAGAUAUCGCGUUUGUUCCCACAUUUCCUUAUCACACAGAAAUACCAAAAGUUAUGUUGUUUGGACUAUUGGGCUUCUCGUGCUCUGUACUGGCACCCUUGAUCUUACCUUUUCUGCUAGUCUACUUCUUCCUGGGUUAUGUUGUAUACCGCAAUCAGUUGCUCAAUGUUUACCGCAUGAGAUAUGACAGUGGUGGUUUGUAUUGGCCAAUUGUACACAACACGGUGAUAUUCUCUCUCGUGCUCACCCAGGUCAUCUGCUUCGGUGUAUUUGGCCUAAAAGAAUCACCAGUAGCCGCAGGCUUCACCAUACCUCCUAUCUUCUUUAUUCUUUCAUUCAAUCAGUAUUGUAGAACCCGAUUCCUUCCCCUGUUCAAAACUUUUCCGUCACAGGAUUUAAUCGACUUGGACAGGGAAGACGAAAGGUCAGGGAGAAUGGAACAUAUUCACCACAGACUCCGUUCCGCAUACCGGCAGUUCCCUGGCAAUGAAGAUAUAAAGCUGGAGAAAAUCGUGACCGUCGGGAAUGACGAGGACCAAGAUGAAGGCCCUAGCUCGGGCGAGCCCAACGGAGAAGAAACAUGCGAGGAACAAGAACCCAGCAGAAGGGAUCUGUCUCACCCAACUCUGAAAGGACUCCCUGUUAGCCGUCUGCGGGAUUCCGUGAGAUCCAUUGCUUUCCUCUGGACUGCAGAAAAGAGGUCCGGCGAUAGCGCAUUGAUUAGCGCGUCAAUUAACUAACCUGUUCAUCUGUCUGUCCGCUCGUGUAAAUGUACGUCAGUAUAGGUCAUACAUACAAGUAUAGUACAGCAUGCAUUAGUUAGAAAAUCCAAGUGAAGCAUCAUCAUGGUUGCUGGGGUGCAAUUUUUGUUUUAGGGCCAGCAUUCCAAGUUUGGACAAACAGGAAUUAAGGCCACCCACAAUGCAUAGUAUCAUGGGCUAGUAUCAUAAUAACGCAUGAUACUACUUUAGUUACUGCAUCCACAUUGCAUGAUAUCAUACAUUAGUAUCACAUUAUCACUUGAUAUGUUCAGUUGUGAAACCUCGAUAUGAAAUUGUGGAUAUGAUCUAUUUCUUGCAAACUCUUCUCA